AUGAUCAGUGUGGAGGAUGGAGGUAUUUAUGGUCCAGACGAGGGCUGGGUGUCUGCCUACCCAGAGUGUGGAGAGAGAAACCAGUCGCCAAUCAACAUUGUGGACCAGGACACCAAAGUGUCCACAGAGUAUCAGGAGCUGACACUGGAGGGCUUUGAUACCGAAUCCUCUAAUAAGACGUCUAUGAAGAACACCGGCAAAACAGUGGCCAUUAUGUUGAAGGAUGAUUACUUUGUCCGGGGAGCAGGACUACCAGGGAGAUUCAAGGCAGAGAAAGUGGAGUUUCACUGGGGUCCAAGCAACGGAUCUGAGGGCUCCGAGCACAGCAUCAACAGCCGGCGUUACCCUGUGGAGAUGCAGAUCUACAUGUACAAUUCAGACGACUUCGACAGCCUCAGCGCAGCACUCAGGGAGAAGAGGAUCAUCGCAGCCAUGGCAGUGUUUUUUCAGGUGGGAGGGAAGGACAAUCCUGCUGUUGAACCCAUAAUCCACGGCCUGAAGGGAGUGGUGCAUCAUGAAAAAGAGACUUUCCUGGAGCCGUUUGUGCUGAAGGACCUGCUGCCGUCGUCGCUGGGAAGUUACUACCGCUACACCGGCUCCCUGACCACGCCGCCCUGCAGCAAGGUGGUGGAGUGGAUCAUCUUCAGCAGACCUAUCUACGUCUCAUACAAACAGUUGGAGGCUUUCUACUCCAUCUUCACCACGGAGCAGCAGGACCAUGUUAAGUCAGUGGAGUAUCUGCGCAGCAACUUCAGGCCCAUUCAGAGCUUGGAUAAUCGCCACGUCUUCAAGUCAGCGGUCAAGGACGCCUGGCUGCCGGACCUGACCGACAGCGCCGGCGGGCCGUAUGGCACAGAGGCUUCCAAAGUGUGCAGCAGCGCUCCCAUCAACAUGAAGGUGCAGCAUGUGAACGGCAGCGCUCUGGUGGUCCGCUGGGCUCGUCCAGAGGUGACGUACCACCCGCCCAUCCUCCACUUCCUGGUGUCCUACAGCUGGACGGCCCAUGACGACAGCUACGAGGAGACGCACCUGACCGACGCCAAGCACAAACUGGAGGCCGUCAUUUCUCCCGUCUCCCCCGAUGUGCUGUACCUGUUUCGAGUCCAGGCCGUCUGCAUGAAUGACAUGCGCAGUGAUUUCAGCCAGAGCAUGCUCUUCAGAGCAAACACCACCAGGAUCUUUGAGGGGACGAGGAUUGUGAAAACUGGAAUGCCGACUGCCUCUCCAGCCUCCUCAGCUGACAUGGCUCCCAUUUCCUCUGGCUCAUCUACCUGGACCUCGUCAGGCAUCCCCUUCUCCUUCGUCUCCAUGGCGACAGGCAUUGGCCCAUCCUCCAGCGGCAGCCAGGCAACGGUGGCAUCUGUGGUGACCAGCACUUUACUGGCUGGGCUGGGUUUCAGCGGUGGUGUCAUCUCCUCCUUUCCCAGCUCCGUUUGGCCAAGCCGAGCGCCGACCCAUAAUCCCACCUCAACGCGCCAGAUCGCCAAACCCACCGAGCCCACCAAAGACGCCACCACCUCUGCCUCUGCUGUCACAGCAGCUGCAGCCAAAGAUAACGGUGAAGCUGGAGGUGAGGACAGGGAGAGCAGCACGGGUGAAGGUGAGGAUGGAGAGAGGGGAGGAGAGGAUAAGGAUGAAGAGGAGGAGGAAGAAGAAGAGAAGGAUGAGAAGAAGGAGAGGAAAGGACGUGUGAGCAAAGCAGUGAGGAGGGACAACGGCACAGCGGUGAGCGAGCCACCCAGAGACACACCGGACUCCACGGCGAAGGAGAAAAAACAGACUGCACCAGAUCCAACUAAAGUGAGGCCUGGUGUAGAAGACCAGCUGCAGGUGUAUGCCCGCAAUCCACUUGACUCUAACCUCACUACCACCACAGAGGCAUCCAAUGAAACAGCAGCAUUCCCUGCAGCAACACUCAGACCCAGCACAGGGAGGGACAAGAAGCACUGGCCUUUCUCCAUCCACAAUGACCCCAGUGUGGUGACCAAUCUGACGGGCCAGGCGAGGCCUGGGUCUGGGGCAGGGUUGGGCCGUGUGGAGUGGUUGGUACCUUUGGUGGUGGUCUCAGCUCUAACCUUCCUCUGCCUCAUCCUUCUGCUGGCUGUGCUUGUCUACUGGAGACGCUGUUUCCAGACAGCUCAUUUCUACGUGGAGGACAGCAAUUCACCCAGGGUGGUGCCCAAUGAGACGAUCCCCGCCAUCCCCAUCCCAGAUGACAUGGACGCCAUCCCAGUCAAGCACUUCAUCAAACACGUCACUGAGCUCUAUUCAAAUAACCAACAUGGAUUCUCUGAAGACUUUGAGGAAGUACAGCGCUGCACUACCGACAUGAAGAUCACCUCGGAGCACUCCAACCACCCGGACAACAAGCACAAGAACAGAUACAUCAACAUCGUGGCCUACGACCACAGCAGGGUGAAGCUGAGGCUGCUGGCUGGGAAGGACUCCAAACACACCGACUACAUCAACGCCAACUGUGUGGACCGGUUUAUAAUAAACCCUAAAGCCUACAUCGCAACCCAGGGACCUCUCAAGACCACCUUUGAGGACUUCUGGCGGAUGGUGUGGGAGCAAAACACCGGUGUCAUCGUCAUGAUUACCAACCUAGUAGAGAAAGGGCGGAGAAAAUGUGACCAGUACUGGCCGACAGAGAACAGUGAAGAGUACGGCAAUAUGGUAGUCACGCUGAAAAGCACCAAAGUUCACGCCUGCUACACUGUUCGCCGUUUCACACUGCGCAACAGUAAAGUCAAAAAGGGUGGGAAAGCGAACCCUAAGGUGCGGGGCCAGAAUGAACGGACAGUGCUCCAGUAUCAUUACACCCAAUGGCCAGACAUGGGUGUCCCAGAGUACACCCUGCCCGUCCUCACCUUUGUCCGCAGGUCCUCAGCCGCCCAGGAGCCUGAUAUGGGACCCAUGCUCGUUCACUGCAGUGCUGGAGUGGGUCGGACAGGGACGUACAUCGUCAUUGACAGCAUGCUGCAGCAGAUCAAAGACAAGAGCACAGUUAAUGUACUCAGCUUCCUCAAACACAUACGCACCCAGCGCAACUACCUAGUCCAGACGGAGGAGCAGUACAUCUUCAUCCACAAUGCCUUGAUGGAAGCUAUUUUGGGGAAGGAGACAGAAACGGCAGCUAGCCAGCUUCAAAGCUACUUCACCAGCAUCACGACGCCGGGACACGGUGGUCGGACACGUCUGGACAAACAGUUCAAGCUGGUAACACAGUGUAAUGCCAGAUUCAUGGAUUGCUUCAAUGCUCAGAAGGAGUGCAACAAAGAGAAAAAUCGAAAUUCCUCUGUGGUGCCAUCGGAGCGAGCGAGGGUUGGCCUAGCACCUCUGCCCGGGAUCAAAGGCACCGAUUACAUUAACGCCUCUUACAUCAUGGGUUACUACCGGAGUAAUGAAUUCAUAAUUACCCAGCAUCCUCUGCCUCACACCAUAAAAGACUUUUGGAGAAUGAUCUGGGACCACAAUGCACAAAUUAUUGUUAUGUUGCCUGCCAACCACGGAUUGGCAGAGGAUGAGUUUGUAUAUUGGCCCAGUCAAGAGGAGGCCAUGAACUGCGAGGUGUUCACUGUCACCCUCAUCAGUAAAGACCGGCUCUGUCUGUCCAACGAGGAGCAGAUCAGCAUCCAUGACUUCAUCCUCGAGGCUACACAGGAUGACUAUGUAUUAGAGGUUCGUCACUUUCAGUGCCCCAAAUGGCCGAACCCUGAUGCACCCAUCAGCAGCACCUUCGAGCUCAUCAAUGUCAUUAAAGAGGAGGCGGCCACCCGCGACGGACCAACCAUCGUCCACGAUGAGUUGGGAGCAGUGUCAGCUGGCAUGUUGUGUGCCCUCACUACCCUGUCUCAGCAGCUGGAGAGCGAGGGUGCUGUUGAUAUCUAUCAAGUGGCCAAGAUGAUCAACCUCAUGAGGCCGGGAGUCUUCACUGACAUUGACCAGUACCAGUACCUCUACAAAGCUCUGCUCAGCCUCGUCAGCACCGAGGAGAACAGCUCUGGACUUCUGGCCCGGGACAUUAACGGGACCGCGGUGUCCAUGUCCAACCAGUGUGCCCAGGCAGAGAGCAUGGAGUCGUUGGUGUGAGAGAGGCCAGUCAGUGGCCCGGAGCUGACCCGAGGCCGUCCUGUGGGUCCAAACACCCUGCGAGGUCCCUGAACCCACAAAGGGGAGGGGGCAACUUUGUAAAACGCGAAGGAACUAUUGUGGGACAAGACUUUUUGAGGCCUUUUUUGCCAGACUCUUGGUUAAAAUGAAUAACCUGAUUACUUUUUUACACUGAUAAAAAGUUUUUGAUAUUUAUUUUUUUUUCGCCAUUUUAUGUCUUAAUGUUCUCCUACUGAAGGGUUUGCACCUGCAUUUUUCAGUUUCACAGCAGCGUCGCUGGGCAACAAGAAACACUUUUCUGUCUCUUUCUUGUUUGCACUAUAUAACGUCAAUGUUACUGCCUAUACUAAAGCUGACUCACUAGGCUUUUCUCUACACAAGCUCUGAUUUUUUUUAGUUUUUGUUUUUUUUCGACAUUCCACGGCUCUGACCAUUAUUAAACCAACUGCUUCUGUGAAGGACGUUGUUCCGCCUGCCUGCCACAGCACCACGUUGUCUCCGGCACAAACUCUCAGCCUCAGUAACAAAACGCUGGUCGACUUCAGCUCAGUAUAACCUCCUCCACCCUGCUCAUCUAUAAUACUCAUAUUACCACUCAUCUAUCACAAGAGCCAAGAUCUUUGAACCUCUUGCCACAGACAAGUAGCACUUGUUUUCUAAAAGUAAUUUCCUCUCCA